AUGACAAAGUUUUCGGAUUCUGGCCAGGCACAGGAUGGAAGCGACGAGACCAAGCAUGCGCACUUUGACCGAGCCGAGCCGUCAGUGCAGUACAACAGCUAUCACGACGAUCAUGACCACCUAUCAAGCGCCAGCGACGAGGACUCGAGACCAGUUGAAGUAUCUUUCGAUCCGGCCAACCCGUAUCGGCGCAAAAGCUCGUUAGUAAGCGAGGAGUCGAUAUUACCUCAGUUGAGCAAACAAUCCAAGAAGACACAAUGCCUGGUACACCAAAUACUAGAGAGCCACAGAAAGGCCCGCCACCGAGAUAUCCGCAGCGAGGGAAAUGGAGCGUUUACGGUAGUCGACCCAAAGGGAAAAGACGAGCGGCGACCUUCAAAAAUAGAGCCAGAAAGUGGCGAGAGCACGGAUGCCGGCCAAGUCGAUGAGCAAUCAUGGAAAACCUCCAUCGACAAGUCAAAGUCGGAGCUGGAUCUUAAUAGCGAAGAGCACGGCGAAUUACACAGUAGAUUGCUUACGAAGAAGCAGUUGAGCGAGAUGGCUUGGGGGGUGCGUGAGCUCAGCAGGAGAUUGGGCAGUGUGCGCCUGCGGUUCAAGGCAAAAACCAUAUUCAUUCUGACCAAGGUAUUUGAUGCCGAAUUGAUACCAAAGACACGAGAAAUCACAAAGUGGCUCCUAAGCCAUCAUCGAGACGUACGGUAUACCGUCUAUCUCGAAGACAGCCUGCAAGAGAACAAAAAGUUUGAUGCGCCCGGAUUGAUUGAAGAGCUGCGACGCGAGUACAUCGAUGCUGGCGAGAUGGAUUCAGACACACCAUCAGAUGCGAUGGGCAAGAGACUGCGUUACUGGAACGAAAAGAUGUGUAGGAGCAGACCGCACACAUUCGAUUUUGUCAUUAGUCUUGGUGGCGAUGGUACCGUUCUCUACGCAAGCUGGCUGUUUCAACGGAUCGUGCCACCGGUGCUCAGUUUCGCUCUUGGAAGUCUGGGUUUCUUGACAAAGUUUGAUUUCGGCGAUUAUGAGAAUAUUCUGACAACGGCUUUUAACGACGGUGUCACCGUAAGUUUGCGUUUGCGAUUCGAGGGCACCAUCAUGCGAAGCCAGAAGCGACACAGGUCCCUGACGGGUUCCCAAGAAGAGCAGGAUGAGGCACAGAGCAAGAGGGAUCUGGUCGAAGAGCUCAUUGGCGAGGAAAAGGACGAUGAACACACUCACCGCCCUGAUGGAACCUUUGAAAUACUCAACGAGAUCGUGGUAGAUCGCGGCCCUAAUCCGACCCUGUCAUAUACUGAGAUUUUCGGAGACGACGAACAUUUCACGUCAGUCAUGGCUGACGGACUUUGCGUAUCGACACCUACGGGCUCGACUGCAUACAAUCUGGCAGCUGGAGGUUCCCUCUGUCACCCUGACAAUCCGGUUAUGCUAUUGACGUCAAUCUGCGCCCAUACCCUGUCAUUCCGUCCAAUCAUUCUACCAGAUACUAUGGUCUUGCGCAUAGGUGUGCCUUAUAAUGCUAGGACUAGCUCAUGGGCAAGCUUUGAUGGUCGAGAGCGCGUUGAAAUGCGCCCUGGUGAUUAUGUCACCAUUUCCGCAAGCCGCUUUCCCUUUGCUUCGGUGAUGCCUCAGGGGCGUCGUAGUGAAGAUUGGAUAAACAGCAUCAGUGGCAAACUGGGUUGGAAUACUCGCCAGAAGCAGAAGAAUGACGGAUACAAGUCUUGGAACUGA